UGGCAAACUUUUGGCGCUGAAAAAUAAUAAUUGUUUUUGUAUUUCAUUUGACAACAAAUUAUUCGCACAAAAGAGUCGGUAAUAACUGUCGGCCAAAAGCGGUGACCAAACACCACAACGAUGUCCACCGCAUACGAGCGCCAGAAUCUGCCGGAACUGCUUCAGGCAUACUAUCGGCUCCUCUUUCCGCACAAACUCUUUCAUCGAUGGCUUUCCUACGGAAACGAUGCCGGGUAUUUCGAGAGACGCGAGUUUUCGUUCACUUUGUCGGGCGAUGUGUACGUCAGGUAUCAGUCGUUCGCCGACUGCCAGGAGUUGGAGAAAGCGAUUGUCUCGCGUUGUCCGGAGAAGAUAGACAUCGGAGCCGUCUAUAACAUUAAGCCGAAGGACUCCAAGUCUAUCGGUUUGGUGGCCUUUAAGGCCGAACACAGGGAACUGGUCUUUGAUAUCGAUAUGACUGAUUACGAUGACGUCCGCACCUGUUGUAAAGGCGCCGACAUUUGCGACAAGUGCUGGCCUUUUAUGAUAAUCGCCGCCAAAAUACUGAACCGCGCGCUGCGCGAAGACUUCGGCUUCAAACACCUCCUGUGGGUGUAUUCGGGUAGACGUGGUAUCCAUUGUUGGGUCGCCGACCAGAGGGCCCGCAAACUGGCCGGCGAUGCGCGCAAUGCUAUUGUCGACUACUUGAGUGUUGUCGAGGGCGGAGAGUUUAAGGCCAAAAAGGUGUCCUUCGAUGGCACCCAUAAUCUCCACCCGUGUAUCGCCUCCGCUGUCCUCACAGUUGACAAACACUUUAAGUCGUUAAUACUUGAGAAACAAAACCUUCUGGAAACCACUCAACAGAUCAAUGCUGUGAUCGAUAUCUGUCCGGACACUGAACUCAAACAACAGUUGAGGACAGUAUUGCUGAAUCCGAAGCUAAAGGAUUCGACCACACGAUGGGAACAGUUGGAAAAGACGUGUCAAGAGUUUUACGACCGAAUAGAUCGGAUUACGCCCAAGAAUUACAAUAAACUCAGAACUAAACACUUUGUGACUGAACUGAAACUGCAAUUCUGUUACCCGAGACUCGACGCCAAUGUGACCAAAGGUGUGAACCAUUUAUUGAAGACCCCGUUCUCAGUGCACCCGAAGACCGGCCGAAUCUGUGUUCCCAUUGACUUCAAAGACAUCGAUACGUUUGAUCCGUUCAAAGCGCCCGACAUUAGCCUUCUAUGCCAUCAGAUGGACGACAAGAGUAGUAAUGCGACAAAUGGUAGACUC